AUGGCCAACACUGAACAAGAAGAAUUAGCUACCAAAUUAGCAGAACGUCAAAAAUUACCAUGGAACCAAUUAACGCCUAAUGAAAAGCAAGCAGCUUGGUUCAUAUCAUAUGGUGAAUGGGGGCCAAGAAGACCUAUCCAUGGUAAAGGUGACGUAACGUACAUUACCAAAGGUGUAUUUAUUGGUUUGGCAGUUUCUCUUGGGUUGUUUGCGUUUAUUAGACAAUUCGCUGGUGAACCUCCAAAGACGAUGACUAAAGAAUGGCAAUUGAAAUCUGAUGAAUAUUUGAAAUCAAAGAAUGCAAACCCUUGGGGUGGAUACUCUCAAGUACAAUCCAAAUAG